AUGUUCAGGAAGGGGAGAGGAGGGAGGGGCAGAGGGAGCUCGUCCAACAGGCCAUCCUUACCUUUCAAGCUGACGAAAGAACUAGAUCUGGGGGAUGGGGUCACUCCCAAGUCCAAGACGCGGGGGAGCAUGUUCAAAGGGACUCACCUGGCAGCGAUUGAUGCCGAGGCUGCGCUACAGAGGCAGCUUGCCAAGAAGCUUGGGAUCAAGGGCAAGAAGAGGAAGGCGCCAGAAGCCACCCUCCAUGAGGCCUUAGACGAGCUGGACACCCUCUUCGCAGAGGAUGAUGAUGGCCCUGGGCAGAAAGAGAAUGAGGAUGACCCACUGAUGGGGUUGUCUGACAGCAUGGAGGGAGGUCCCGAUGAUUCAGAAGAUAGCGAUGAAUUCCCAUCAGCCUCAGAUGACGAGGGCACAGAGGGAGGCGGCAUGGGGUUGGAGAGUGACAGCGAUGUGGCAGCAGCCGGGGACCUCUCCAGUGAAUUGGAGGAAAGUGAGGAUGAAGAAGGCUCUGCUGACAGUGAGGAUGACUCACUGCAUGGCUCAUCAGAUGAAUCUUCAGACGCAGAGGCAGACAGCAAUCAUGAAGGAGGCAUUGCUGAUGCAGACCAGCAGAGGAGGGUGGAGUCUCAGCAGGCCGGGACCAGUGGACAUGCGACGGCUUCUGUGGGCAAAUAUGUCCCUCCCGCCGCAAGGAACCAGGGAAGGACAUCUGAUGCCAUGGGGUCUUCUGAGCGGCUGACAAAGCAGGUGAAAGGGCUGCUCAACAGGCUGGCAGAGGCCAACCUGCAGUCCAGCGUGGAGCAGGCUGCAGAGCUGCUGCAGUCUGAGAGCCGCCGCGCUGUCAUCCAGUCCCUUACCGACGAGCUUCUGCAGGCGGUGGCGGAGGGGCCGCGAGCGACAGACAGGUUUGCAGCGGUGACGGCUGCGUUCAUGGCCGGGCUGGCAGGCACGGCGCGCGCUGCAGAGGUGGCCGCGCAUUUCCUGGGCGCGCUCGCCGCGCGCAUGGAAGCUGCCGUGCAGGCAGAGGACAGCCUGGCGGCCAGCAACCUGGCGCACGUGGUGGGGCACAUGUACGGCUGCAGGGUGCUGGAGGCUGCCACGCUGUACAGCCUAUUGGACCACCUGCGGCAGAGAUUCAGCGAGCAAGACGUGGCGCUCAUUUUCGCGCUGCUCAACAGUGUCGGCUACCAGCUUCGCUCGGACGACCCCGCCGCCAUGAAGGACUUUGUGACUGCAGUGCAUGCGCGCGCCGGGAAGGCGUCAGGGGAGGGUAAGCUCAGCAGCCGAGCAGAGGUGCUGCUGAGCCUGGUGCUGGACAUCAAGAACAACAAGCAGCGCAGUAAGAGCUCGGCCGUGUCGGUCUCAUCCGUGCUGUCGGCUGGCGUGCUCAAGUGGCUCAAGUCCAGCGGCAUGGAGGAGGUGCAGCUGCGCACCCUGUCCUGGGCCAAAGUCCUGCAGCCCAAGAAGAAGGGGCUGUGGUGGCUGCCGCUGGCAUCGGAGGCGGGCGCAGUGGGGCCGCUGCCGGGGGCGGCCGGCGCGCUGGCCGAGGCGGCCGGCGACGGCGGCGCGGAGCUCCUGCGCGCGGCCGCAGCGCAGCGCAUGAACACGGAGACGCGGCGCGCCGUCUUCUGCGUGGUGAUGGGCGCCCAGGACUGCGCCGACGCCUCCGAGCGCCUCCUGCGUUUGCCCCUCAAGGGGGAGGCUGAGAGGGAGGUGGUGCGGGUGGUGCUGGAGUGCUGCCUGCAGGAGCGGCUUUGGAACCCCUACUACGCCCACCUGCUGGCCAGCGUCACGCGCGCAGUCAAGGGCCACCGCAUCACCCUCCAGUUCUGCCUCUGGGACCACUUCAAGCAGGCACGUUUAAGACUGGAUGAAGGGGAUGUCCGGCGGCUGGCAAACUUGGCGCGGCUGUUAUCCAUGCUGAUAGCUUCGAAGGCAGUACCCAUCACUGUUGUAAAGGUGGUCGACUUCACAGAGGCCAUGAGUGCUCGGCAGCUGCUGUUCUGGAGGGCGCUCUUUGAGGAGCUGCUGGGCUCUUGCGCCAGCGCUGCAGCCGCAGAGCAGCUGUUUGCCAAGUUUGGCGGAUCGGGGCUGGCCACUGUGCGGUCGGGGCUGACCCUUUUUUUGCGCCGUCAAUUUGGGCCCUGGUUGGCCGCCAAGCACACUGACAGCGAUGACAUGCUGGAAAAGCUCCAGGCGGCGGAGGCGGGUUUGGAGCAGGCUGCAUUGCAGUGACAGGCAGCGUGCAACUUGCUCUCUAAAGAACAGAUGCACAGAUAUCCUGGUCUAGAGUUGCAUGAAUUUUUUUUAUGCAGCAGCUGAUCAAGAGUAGCAACACAUGAUCAUCGAGCACGGCGGCAUUGUUUUGAGACCCAAGCUUGACUGCUUUCUUGUGCUUAUUGCGGCAUUUUCCCUUUUUCUUACAGACAGCAUGCGCAUGCUUUCAUGCCUAAUUGUUGGGUGUUGCUCGGCGCUGAAAAGUCCCAAAUCAAGUAAAGAGAAUGCAACGAGAUCACCGGUGAUCAGAACUCUGAGAGAUCUGUUAGGGAGUCUCCGUUGAUAUGCAGCACCUCAGGGCCUUCCUCCACAGAUACAAGCUCCGUGUCAAAAUAGAGAGUUGAGCCCGCUGCAUACAUGCGAUGAGUCAGUGCAAAUUUUGGAGCAAUGCCUUCGCCACCUUGUCCUGUUGAUGGAAUAGUGACAUUGUAAUUUAUUCCGCUCAC